AUGGUCUACGCAUCUUUCCUCCUCGGCGUCGGUGCCCUCACGGCCGCCCUGUUCCCCGUCGUCGCCGCCGUCAAGCCCGCCGACGUGGUGUUCCACAAUGGCAGCAUCUACACCAUGGACUGCGACGACUCCAAGGUCGCUGGCAUGGCGAUCAAGGACGGCGUCAUUGCCUAUACCGGAUCGUCGAAGCGCGCCAAGGCGUACAUUGGCAAGAAGACCAAGGUCAUCAACCUCCACGGCCGCAUGGUGAUGCCUGGGUUGGUGGAUUCGCACAUGCACGUCAUGUCUGGCGGCCUGUUCCUCCUCAAGUGCGAUCUCAACUACCAGUCGCUGCCCAUCGCCGACGUCCUGGCGCACAUUACCGGCUGCAUCGAGGGCGAGACUGGCAAGACCGACGCCGACUGGGUCGAGGUUGUCAACAUGGACUAUCCCGGCCUCGUCGAGCGAAGCGGUUCCGUCGGCAAGCUGCAGCUCGACACGCUCAACACCAAGCGCCCCAUCAUCAUCCGCUCCAGCGACUACCAUACCGUCAUCGCCAACUCGCGCGCCCUGGAGCUGUCCGACAUCACCGCCGCGACCCCCGACCCGGCCGACGGCAAGAUCGUGCGCCUGCCCGGCAGCCAGGAGCCCUCUGGCGUUCUGCAGGACGGCGGCUUCAACCUGCUUUCCGGUCCUCCCAGUCCCUCUGACGAGGAGAACUUGGAGGCCGGCCGCGCUGCGCUCAAGCUCCUGCGCGAAGCUGGCAUCACCACGUUCCAGGAGGCGGCCGCAGGGGAUGUCCACCACACCGUCUUCAGCGCCAUCAAGAAGGAGGACGGACUGAGCUCGCGCGCCUACUUCGAUUACCGCAUUGAGGCUCCCAGCUCCGUUGCUGGCGUCCAGGCCCUCGUCACCGAAGUCGUCGCCUUGCUCGCCACGAUGCAUGACACGAAGAAGCCCUCGCCCAAGCCAACGCUGAAGUGGCAGGCCGUCAAGGCCUUCAUCGACGGCGUCAUCACGUAUCCCUCCAACACGGCGGCGCUCAUCGACCCGUACUGGGAGCCCGUCAACGCCUCGGACCCCGACGGCCUCUGGGCGCCCGAUCCCGACUCCCUGAACGACCCGUACUGGAAGCCCGCGGUCCUGACCAAGACGCUGGAGCUCCUGUUCCUCGCCGGCGUCGAUGCGCAGCUGCACGUCGACGGCGAUCUCGCAGUCCGCGUCGCGCUCGAUGCGGCCGCGUCGUUCCGCAAGAAGCACCCCAAGCACAAGUUCAAGCUCGGUCUUGCGCACGACGAGCUCACGGCCGAGAGUGACUGGGGACGCUUCGCCAAGCUGGAAGUCGACCCCAUCGUCAGCUACCAGUGGUCGCAGCUCAGCUCCUUCUACAUCCCCAGCACCUUCAAGUCUCUUGCCGACUACCGUCUCGACAACCUCCAAUCCUGGGCGCAGUUUGAGAAGGCUGGCCGCCCUCUUGUCUAUGGCAGCGAUUGGCCGAUUGACCCUCUCGACGAGUUCCUUGCCCUCAAGGUCGCCGUCACUCGCUCCGGAGACCCGACAAACCCCAACUCUCCGGCGUCUCAGGGCCCUCCCUUCGACGCCGUCUUCCCUACGGGCAGCGGCAUCUCUCGCAAGUCGGCUCUCAAGUCUAUAACCAUCAACGGCGCUCGCUUCCUCCGCGCCGACAAGCAGAUCGGCUCUCUCGAGGUCGGAAAGCUCGCCGACGUCAUUAUUCUGGACAAGAACUUCUUCAAGGUCCCCAAGGAAGAGCUCGCCCGCCAGACCGUUCUGCUCACCAUGGUCGGUGGCGAGGUUGUCUACGUCGCCGACGGACAUGAUUUCGGCGUCACGCCCAAGUUUCCCAAUGACGAUGCUGCCAGCAAGAGGCUCGCCCGCCGGACCAUUGGCGGGUUCGCCGGCAAGUCGCUCUCUGAGGAGGCCAAGUUCAACGCUGCCAAGCUGAGGAAGCGUGGAACCUGUGUGCAUAAGCAUUGA